CAGCGCGGCGGGCGGUGGCGGCAGAGGCCCAGGCGCGUCAGACGCGCCGAGUGGCUGGCAGGACAGUCGCGGCAGCCGGGGUAUCAGGGCCGCGACCAUGGGGGGCUUGAAGGACGAGCUGCUCAAGGCCAUCUGGCAUGCUUUCACCGCGCUCGACCUGGACCACAGCGGCAAGGUCUCCAAGUCCCAGCUCAAGGUUCUUUCCCAUAACCUGUGCACAGUGCUGAAGGUUCCACAUGACCCUGUUGCCCUUGAAGAGCACUUCCGGGAUGAUGAUGAGGGGCCUGUCUCCAAUCAGGGCUACAUGCCGUAUUUAAACAAGUUCAUUUUGGAAAAGGUCCAAGACAACUUUGACAAGAUUGAAUUCAAUAGGAUGUGUUGGACCCUCUGUGUCAAAAAAAACCUUGCAAAGAGUCUCCUGCUCAUUACAGAAGACGAUGCAUUUAAAGUAUGGGUUAUUUUCAACUUUUUAUCUGAGGACAAGUACCCGCUAAUUAUUGUGCCAGAAGAGAUUGAAUACCUGCUUAAGAAACUUACAGAAGCUAUGGGAGGAGGUUGGCAACAAGAAGAAUUUGAAAAUUAUAAAAUCAACUUUGAUGACAGUAAAGAUGGCCUUUCCGUGUGGGAACUGAUUGAGCUUAUUGGAAAUGGACAGUUUAGCAAAGGCAUGGAUCGGCAGACAGUGUCCAUGGCAAUUAACGAGGUCUUUAAUGAGCUUAUAUUAGAUGUGCUGAAACAGGGUUACAUGAUGAAAAAAGGCCAUAGACGGAAAAACUGGACUGAACGCUGGUUUGUACUAAAACCCAACAUAAUUUCUUACUAUGUGAGUGAGGAUCUGAAAGAUAAGAAAGGAGACAUUCUCUUGGAUGAGAACUGCUGUGUGGAGUCCUUGCCUGACAAAGAUGGAAAGAAAUGCCUUUUUCUCAUAAAAUGUUUUGAUAAGACCUUUGAAAUCAGUGCUUCAGAUAAGAAGAAGAAACAAGAGUGGAUUCAGGCCAUCCAUUCUACCAUCCAUCUGCUGAAGCUGGGCAGCCCCCCACCACACAAAGAAGCCCGCCAGCGUCGGAAAGAACUCCGGAAGAAGCUGCUGGCUGAGCAGGAGGAGCUGGAGCGACAGAUGAAGGAGCUCCAGGUGGCAAAUGAAAACAAGCAGCAGGAGCUGGAGACCGUGAGGAAGAAACUGGAAGAAGCAGCAUCUCGGGCAGCAGAAGAAGAAAAGAAGCGCCUUCAGACUCAAGUGGAACUACAGGCCAGGUUCAGCACGGAGCUGGAGCGGGAGAAGCUUAUCAGGCAGCAGAUGGAAGAACAGGUUGCCCAGAAGUCCUCUGAACUGGAACAGUAUUUGCAGCGGGUCCGGGAGCUGGAAGACAUGUACCUAAAGCUGCAGGAGGCUCUCGAGGAUGAGAGGCAGGCCCGGCAAGAUGAAGAGACUGUGCGGAAGCUUCAGGCCAGGUUGCUGGAGGAAGAGUCGUCCAAGAGGGCCGAGCUGGAGAAAUGGCACUCGGAGCAGCAGCAGGCCAUUCGGACCACGGAGGCGGAGAAGCAGGAGCUGGAGAACCAGCGCGCCGUCAAGGAGCAGGCGCUCCAGGAAGCCGUGGAGCAGCUGCGGCAGCUCGAGCUUGAGCGGAAACAAGCACUUGAGCAGUACGAGGGAGUUAAAAAGAAGCUGGAGAUGGCAACUAACAAGACCAAGAGCUGGAAGGACAAAGUGGCCCAGCAUGAAGGAUUAAUUCGAUUGAUAGAGCCAGGUUCAAAAAACCCUCACCUGAUCACUAACUGGGGCCCUGCAGCUUUCACCCAGGCAGAACUUGAAGAGAGAGAGAAGAGCUGGAAAGGAAAGAAGGCCACGGAGUGAGCAGAAGUCAUGUCAGUUAUGUAGGUUCUGAGUAUAACUGGAAAGCUUUACGCUAAAGACAAAAGGACCUGGCUUUGCUGCUUCUAGCUCCUCUUCUUUCAACGCCUCCUGUGGGGUCAGUAUACUAAGGAAGCCUUCUUACCUAUCUGCCUGUAAAGAAGGGCUUACCUGAAAAGAAAAAAAAAAAGUCAGCAUCGUCAAGCUCUUUAUUUACCCUUUCUCUGAAAACUGCAGCUUCUGAAAGUCCCCGUUAGCUCCCUCAGGUUGUCGGCGGAGCCCGUGCACGGACCGCGCAGUGGCGCCCUCGUCGACCCGCGGCGUGUGGCUGGCGGCGGGUGGCGCUCAGCUCACCGGCUAUCAGAACCUCUGCGGGCCGGGCCGUUGUUCUUCCUCCUCCGAGUGCUUGUUCCUAAACUAGAUGGGCCAGUCUGCUCGCCGUGGCCCGCGGUUGUUGUGGACUGCCUGUGACCACGGCUGCUCUACUGGAGAAGGCGUUUCUCCCGCAUGUGGUCCUCGCUCUGACCAAGCGGUUGCCGUCCAUGUCUCUGGUUGUGCAGGUUCAUGCAGUGUGACCGGUUGGCAUCCUGGCCCCAGUGGCGCUAUCUCAAGGAGGCAGAAGUCUUUCAAACAAUGCUUUGGCUGAGAUAGAUACUUAUGAGUCAAGGGCAGCACAGAGAUGAACUAAGUAAAUCCCAUUUGGAAUGAUGUUUUGAUACUAACUGAAUUCCUCCUAAUAUUUAAAAUGGUUUCAACUGUCCAAGUGCCGGCAGACCCCUUGGUUUUACUUUUGUAGUUACUGUACAGAACAUUUCAGGUGUCCGUGAAUGCUUGUCCUAAUCAGACCUUUUCCUUGAUAAAUAGGGAUAUGAUCAUUUCUAGGAAUCAUUCAUGAAAAAAGUUUUAAAAUGUAUUUUUGUGAUGUGCUAUGUUGAGAGGGAACAAAAUAUUUAUAAUUUUCAAACAUUCUUACCUAAAUAUUGUACAAUGUAAUAUGCUGAACUUUCUUAAUUUUUUUGCUAAUUUUCUAAGAUAUAUUAAAAGUGUUUUGUAUGGUUUUUGUUUGUUUUAGUAAAAUGGAAUCAGUAAGAAAAUAAAAACUACCAGAAGAGC